AUGGCCCACCCGUGGACUCAAGAGCUUGCGAUGGUAACAUUCCUGCAGCUGGCUACCCCAGGUAUAGGACAAAGCUUCGUAGGUGGGUUUGGUUACGCCGGUGUCGAGAAUGCUCACCUUGACCAUUUUGAGUCUAAUCUCAUCUUCAGGAGGACCAGGCAGGAUCUCGACCAGGCGUAUCUGACUAUUAUUGUGAUCUAA